GUGUCCCGAGUUGUGAUGGCUGAAUCUCGGAGAGUUCAGUUGACCACUUUGUCCUACGAUGUACCUGCCUCCUCUGACGAACCGGCUGCGGCCCAGAGGCCUCCGUCAGGUGUCCCGCAGCAGGUGAAGGAGACCCGUCCGGACCGACCCGCUGACCCAGGCUCGGUCCGACUGGUGCUCACAUUAUUUGAGCCUGAUGAACGAAGCUUUCCCGAGUUCAGCUACAGUCAACUCGUUGACAACAAGAUCAACCACACGAAAGUUGAAGUUCCACUGAGCAGGUUUGAAGAGGAAGACAAGAGGGAGAACGACGAGGCAGCUGCUCUCGCAAAGGCGUUGGAGGAAAAAUAUGGUGGCAAACCAAAGAAAAAGAAGGACCGUAUUCAGGACUUGAUUGAUAUCGGGUACGGUUAUGAUGAAGAGGAUUCUUUCAUUGACAACUCUGAGGCUUAUGAUGAAUUUGUCCCGGCCUCCCUCACAACCAAAUUUGGAGGCUUCUAUGUAAAUUCGGGCGUGCUGCAGUUCCGCCAGGCUUCUGACACGGAGGACCUCACUACAGAGGAGAAAACACUUGAGCCUUCAAAAAAACGUAAACUCAAUGGUGCACAGGAUAAGCCAAAGAAGAAGCCGUGCAAAGAAGGUGGAGAGAUGAAAAGCAAUGAGGAUCCUAAGUCGAGCACUUUGUCUGAAAUUGCACCGGAUGACGAGAUGAUGAAGAAGAAAAAGAAGAAAAAGGCUGGUGGCACACUCAGCGUCACCAGCAUGUUGAAAAAGUUUCAAAGAGAGAAGGAGAAGGAACGACAGAAGGUGAUGAAAGAAAACCAGAAGAUACCAGCAAUCAUGGGUGCAACCACGAUCCCUCUGUGCCCUGCGGACGCAGCCGGGGGCGGCGGCUCAGGACUGACUGACCCUCUCCUCAGUUUAAUUGGAUCAACCAAUGACCACGCUCUCAUCCAAGCAGCCAACACAGUGGAUUUUGAUAUUGAUUUGGACUCUUUAUUAGAUGUCAGUGAGGGAACCUCAUCACCAAAAUUGGUUCCUCAACUGGCCACAGAGACACAGUUUUUCCAACCCAAAACAGAUGAUCAGACUCUAGCACAACUUCCAAAUGCAAAGACUAACUUGCAGCCGAAGCCUCAUUCAGAACAAAUCCCACUGCCAGAGGGACUUCCUCCAGGACUGGAAAACAGUAUUCAGAAACUCAUAGUGGCUGCCAAGUUCUCAGAGGGAGAGUCAAAACUCAAGUUCUUCACUCCAGAAAUCAACUCAAUCCUGCUAGAUAUUGAGUUGCAGUGUCGGGAACAGGGUGGCCAGUUGCGCUCCAAGGUGUACACACACCUGUCAUCUUUCCUGCCCUGCAGCAGAGAUACACUCCUCAAACGUGUGAAGAAACUGUUACUCACACACAUGCAGGAACCCCCUGAUGUGGAAGACCCCAUGCACAAACUUAAGGAGGCCAUCGGCAAAGCUAUGCCCGAGCAGAUCGCUUGUUUCCAUGAAAACUGCAAACUAUACGAACAAGUCAAGACUUCAAAAGCAAUGGAGGAGGAGAAAGAAGGCAAACAGAAGAUGAAUGUUGAAGAUGUGGAGGAAAAAGGUGGGAAAAAAGGAGGUCCUAAGAAGUUGUUCAAAUGGAACGAGGAGAUCAGGGGUUGCUUGUGUCAUGUAUUAAGAGUGAAAAUGGAGAAAUAUAAAAAGGAAAGGAAAGGGAGCGAGGCGAUGGAGGAGUACCUUAAGACCUUGUUGGACAACGAGGUCAAACCGCUUUGGCCAAAAGGAUGGAUGCAGUCUAGGGUGCUCUUAAGGGAGAGCAGGAACAUUUUAAGCCUCUUUACAUCAUUACCAGUAAAGAAGGCCAGGCCUGAGAAGAAGCAGAAGCCAUCUAUUAAUGGUCCUGCAUCAGAUAACUGCAGCAUUCUCCAGCCAUCUCCAGACGAAGACGAAGACUGUGUCUUUAUUGCGGCCUCGAAUAUCUCCAAUUCUAUGUCACUGGGUGCUGUGAAGAAGGAAGUUGCUGUAUUGAAAAAGGUGGAGGGUAAAGCAGCAGCAGCAGCAGUAAUAGCAGCAGCAGGGGCCAGGGCAGGAGCAGGGGCAGGGGUGGCAGUAGAUGGUGGUUUCUCUACACCUGCAGAGUCAGACGAGCCUCUGGUCAACGCCACAUCUACUCCUACUCAUACGCUUCUGGAUCUCCUUGCUGAUCAAGCGCUGGCUCGGGAGCAACCUCUCUCAGUUUCCCAGGAGCUCCUAGCAGCAGCUGUUGCAAAAUACAAACAUUCAGUUCAGCACUGGAGCUUUGGGGCGGACACCAAAAGUCCUCCCCUUCCUCCUCCUCCUCCUCAGUCCAGCCCAGUGGGUUUCCCAGUAAGCGGGGUGUGUCAGGUUGUUUUGCCCCAGCUGCUGCAGAUUGGAGACUUUGCCAGACACAUGGAUGCUGGCAAAGUCCAGAUCAUCUCUGAUGAUGCUGACAUUACUAUACAAUGAGAACACCCAAUGCAGAUUUACACACAAUGGGAGCAGUUUCCUUGGAACGGACUGGACACAUGAUGGAAUUCUAACAAACACAGCAGUGAGGAUACUAAUUAUCUAACUUUUUGUCUACAGCCAAAAGCUGUGAGACUCAGAUGAAGAUGUGUACUUUUUGUCAUUUUUACUUGUUUGUAUGAGUAUAUCAUCUGAGAUGGAAAGAAACUAAAGGGAGUAAUACUAAUGGGUUUGGCCCAUGAAAGGAGAAGUGGCACUUUUACCAAUGAGCAGACAAAUUAACAUCCACCUUAUCUGUUUCUGAUAAAAUCUUGACAUCUACUCAGUCAUCUGUGAUAAUGACUCUUUAACUCUGACAUGUGUUUGAAAUGUAAAUGAUUUACUUUGAAUUAAUAAAUAAAUAAUAGUU